AUAUACAGAGAGAGAGAAAGAAAACAGAGUGAGGUUAGGUGAUUCUCUUUCUUACUUGCGCUUUCGGGUGUUUUUGUCAAUUACUUGUACUUUCUCUUUCCAGACUCCAAAAGGUAUCUGCAUUCGGAUUGGAGCAGACGCCUCUCGCCGGAGAAAUCGGCCGGAGAUCGAGUAUACAACUCUUCAAAAUGAAGAUUUUCGUCAAAACUCUCAAAGGAACUCACUUCGAAAUUCAAGUGAAACCUGAAGAUACGGUUGCUGAUGUUAAGAAAAAUAUAGAAUGUGUGCAAGGAGCAGAUGUGUAUCCCGCUGCACAACAGAUGCUUAUUCAUCAGGGAAAGGUUCUUAAAGAUGGAACAACAUUGGAAGAAAAUAAGGUUGCUGAAAAUACUUUUGUCGUCAUCAUGUUAGCAAAGAAUAAGGGCUCAUCUAGUGAAGGUUCCACCGCAUCAACUGUGCCUGCAACUAAGGUGCCACAGACAAGUGCCCCACUCCCUACUGCUGCCCCGCAAGUUCCUGCAGCGACCUUGGCAGCGCCUGCACCUGUACCUGCACCUGCGCCUGCACCUGCACCUGCACCUGCACCUGCAUCUGCUGCUGCUCCUACCUCUACAGUUACUGCCAUACCAGAGUCUAAUGUCUAUGGUCAAGCGGCAUCGAAUUUGGUUGCUGGAAGUAACCUUGAUGGAGCGGUCCAGCAAAUUCUUGAUAUGGGUGGAGGGACUUGGGAUAGGGAUACUGUUGUUCGAGCUCUUCGUGCUGCUUUCAACAACCCAGAGAGAGCUGUUGAAUAUUUAUAUUCUGGUAUCCCUGAGCAAGCUGAAGUGCCACCUGUGGCCCCAGCCCCAGCCCCAGCGAGUGGGCUGGCUACAAAUUCUCUGGCUCAGCCUGCACAACCAGCACCGGUUCCUUCAACUGGACCAAAUGCAAAUCCAUUGGAUCUUUUUCCCCAGGGCCUGCCAAGCAUGGGUUCGAAUGCUGCUGGUGCAGGCACACUGGAUUUUCUUCGCAACAGUCAGCAGUUCCAAGCUUUGCGAGCUAUGGUGCAGGCCAAUCCACAAAUUUUGCAGCCCAUGCUUCAGGAGCUAGGGAAGCAAAACCCUCACCUGAUGAGGCUUAUUCAGGAGCACCAGGCUGAUUUUCUUCGCCUGAUCAAUGAACCUGUUGAAGGUGGAGAGGGUAAUGUACUGGGACAGCUUGCUGCAGCAAUGCCACAGUCUGUAACAGUUACACCUGAGGAGCGUGAAGCCAUAGAACGUCUCGAGGCAAUGGGUUUUGAUCGAGCACUCGUAUUGGAGGUGUUCUUUGCAUGCAACAAGAACGAGGAGCUGGCUGCCAACUACCUUUUAGAUCACAUGCAUGAGUUCGAAGAUUGAUGUUUUUGUGAUUGACGAUUUGACCAAUUUCUCCCCUUGUCCAUCUUUCGUCGGACCUGGCAUUUAAUUUGUUUUUGCUUUUGUUUUUAUUGUUUUCUUUGUUUUCUCUUUCUCCGCUGAAUGCCUAUAUACUUGAACCCCCAACAUCUAGCUUUAAAGGUUUAUAAUGUUGAGUGAUGGAGGGCAUGAAUGUCAAUAUGGCUAUUAUAAAUUACAUUGUCAUAUAAAUCGUAUUUUGCUCUACUUUUGGGUUUGGUGGCAUUAAAUAUUUAUUGUGUUCAUGCA